UCAACCUUGUACUAAAAAUUUUGAAACAUCGAAUAGCUCACAUGCUGCCUCACCCUGGCGCUCCACCUACCGUUUCGACCGCCGUCUCAGCCUCUUCCAACUACCCUUCCACAACGACUCCGUUCGCUUCUUAUUAAUCUCCCUUCCCAUCCAUACCCCUCGCUCCCCCUCCUAUCAAUCCCAACCCGGACGAUCCCAGCCGUCCGCCGGCACCGAUGACUACAUCCCCUGCGCCGUCCAAGACGGCGGAGAUCGACGCCGCCCUUCACGCCUUCGGCUUCGAGGUCGACGUCCUGUCCCCGGAUCGCGUCACCGGCAGGUUAAAGGUCACGGAAUCCUGCUGCCAGCCGUUCAAGGUGCUGCACGGCGGGGUGUCGGCGCUGAUAUCCGAGGGCCUGGCGAGCAUAGGAGCGCACAUGGCGUCGGGAUUCCGGCGGGUCGCGGGGAUCCAGCUCAGCAUCAACCACCACCGGAGCGCCACCGUCGGCGAUCUCGUCUUCGGCCAGGCUACUCCCAUCCACGCCGGCCGAACCGUCCAGGUAUGGGAGAUUUGUUUGUGGAAGUUAGAUCCAGUUACUUCUGAGAAGACAAUUCUACUGUCCUCAUCUAGAGUCACUCUCUUGACAAAUUUACCUGUGCCAGAGAGUGCCAAAGAUGCAGGGGAUGCUCUAAAGAAAUAUGCCAAGUUAUAAGCUGGAUGUCACGGUGUGUUCUGUUGCAAACUCAUUGUGAAAAGGGAAAAGCCAAAUGAAUGUUCUCCAAUUUCAAAUUAUUUCUCUCUUGUAUGUCUGGAGUUAAUUAAAACUAUACCUCUUCAUAGAAACAUGGUCAGUGGUUAUCUAGCUCAGAAAUUAAAUGCCUUACAGGCUAGUUAGAAUCUAGAGGUACAUUUAUUCGAUAUAUAAUAACUGAGCAGUGUUUCUCCAAAUUUGUUUCUCUUGAAAAAAAUAAAAUAUGAAUGCACUAGAACUUCAAAAGGAA